ACAUACAUACAUACAUACAUACAUACAUAUACAUAAACUCACACAUAUACAAACACACACGUACACUCAUAUACAUACAUGGAGAGAGCGAAAGUAAGAAAGGAUAAGAGGGAGUGAAAAGGAAGGGAGUGAGAAGUAACUUACAGAUGGGAAUUUGCCACCAAAACACAUUGCUCUACAGAUUCCUGGAAUGUUUUAUGAAGAAAGAUCAACUACUUACCGAUUCCAGUUGCCCCGUUUCCUACAUUCUUCCAUCUAGAUACCUAUACAGCUAUAUGGCUACACAGUACAUAUAUAUUCAUAAAAGUAUACAUGUAUGAAGUUACAUAACUGCACAACUACACAGCAAAACAUUAACUGAAUUGCAUGUCAGAGCAUUUACUUUCUGAAUCAAGUUAAAAGAAAGGUAAAAAAAAAGAAAGAAAGAAAGAAAGAAAGAAAGAAAGAAAGAGAAGGAUGAUGAUGCGAUACUACGUCAACGUUAGUCAAUAAGUGGUUUCUUCGACUACCGUUAACCCUUACGUUUCAAAAAGCCUUUCAAAACAGGGAGCUGUUUUUUUUUGUUGUUUUUUUUUACUUAUACUACAUCAAAGACUAUUUACAAUUUGCCAAUUCAUUAACCAUCUGCGGUUAACUUGGAAAAGGCAAGCCAAAUUUUCUUGUGUUAAGAAGAAAAUCAACUAAGAAUAAAAAAUGCUGACGCCAUUUUCCAUAGAAAAUAUCUUGAGGCGGACAUGUCAGAAGACGUCAGACAAAUUGUCGACACAGAAGGGACCACUACGUUCAGACAGACGAACGCUUGUUUAUACAGAUGCAGUCAGUGUUAAUAGACCGACGCUAUGGUCUAAAAGUCUUUCAGUUAGUCAGCAACAUAAGUUUUAUCAUCGUGAAGUACGGCAUCUACAGCAGCAACACCAACAUCCACUACAAUACCGUCGACGGCAGCAGCAGCAACAACAGCAGCAACAGCAACAACAGCAAUUCCAUCACAGUCAUUACCAGCAACAGCUAUAUCUACAACCACAACUACAUCACCAGCAACAACUACAGCAGCAACAACAAAAACUGCAAGAACAACAUAGGAAUCACCAUCACGAUGACCAAGUGCAAAAUCAUCAUCAAAAGUUUCAACAAAUCUAUGAGCUUCAUAAACAGUCGGAAGAGCUCUUGUAUCACCAGCAGAAAUUCCAUUAUUUAUAUUCAAAUGACAGUUAUAAUCGAGAGACUAGUCUCUCGAGUAGAGAAGGGGAAGAGCAUGAAGAAAAAGAACACAAACAAGAUGUCGAAGUUUUAUCUCAAUCCGAUGCUGAGGACCAAUUAGAUUUAGCGAACGAUUUCGAUGGUAACGACAAUGAUAACGAUGAUGAGGGUAGCGAGAAUACAGACGGAGAUGAUGAAAGCAAGCAAAGCCAUAAAGGUGAAACAGAAGAAAAUGAAGGAGAGGGAGGAGGAGGGGGAGAAGAAGAAGAAGAAGAUGAAGAAGAAGAUGAAGAAGAAGAGGAGGAUGAUGAAGAGGAAGAGGAAGAGGAGGAAGAAGAAAAAGAAAAAGAAGAACAAAUAACAGAACCAGAAGUAAAAUACAAAAAGGGGGAAAGAAAUGAAAACAGUUACGCCAAAGAGGAAAUUCCAAUACAUGUGAAAGAAGAAGUUAAUACCAGCAUCCAGUUUCUUGAGAGACAUUGUCACCACAAACAUCAUCAUCAACACCACCAUCUUCAUCGUGAACAACAACAUCGACAUUAUCACCAUCAGGAGAACUGUCAGAGUCAACAACAGCAGCAAUCACAGGAACCGACGGUAUUAAAUGGCGUUAAAAUAUUAGCAGACGACACACAUCGUGAAUCGUUGUUGGCUUUCAGUAAGACUUCACAAGAUGACACCACUGUUACCAAUGCUACUACUUCAUUCCCUACCACAGCAACUACUGCUGGUGUUUUAAAAAAUAUUUCUACUAGCAAUAACAACACCAUUAGUAUAAUUACAACACAUACGAUCGAUGUCAAAGAUAGCAAAACAUAUCACAUCAGUAGCACUACCUCAACGACCACAGCCACGACCACAACUCCUACUCCAUCAACAAACAACAUUAUAGAUAUCAACAACACCGCUAACAGCAUAAAUUUCAACAGCAGCUGCUAUUCUCAGAGCAACAAAAGCAACGUUAAUAACAAAACAAAUACGACAGUCUCAUCACGCAAUAAUGAUGAAAACAACGUAGAUGAGGAAAACAAAAGACGAACAAUUUCAUUUAAUGUUAUCAAAAAUAUACACACCAAUGACAAUUUUCUGCUUCCACCUAUAACUCUAAUUAAAAAAGAGUUUGGAGAUCGAGACAAGCUGCCUGCGACUAAUUCCACAGGUUGGGAAAAUAAUAUUUUGCCCCACAUGGAAAACAGACAAAAGAAAAUUGAUCUAGCAUACGGAAACGAGCUCAAUUACCAUACGGAAAAGCAUUUACGCAGAUCAAAUGAUGCCAGUUUAAUUGUGGAGAAUCGACCAGAAUCUCUGAAUAACAACCGUUGUUUCGGAAGACUAGACUGUAAAAAUGAGACUUCUGCCAACAGUUGUAGAGAUAAACCACGCAAAAAGAGGUCAAGAGCUGCUUUUUCACACGCUCAGGUAUUCGAACUGGAAAGCCGGUUCCGAAGACAACGCUAUCUUUCCGGCCCGGAAAGAGCAGAUUUAGCGCAGAUAUUAAAACUAACAGAAACACAGGUAAAAAUCUGGUUUCAAAAUCGAAGAUACAAAACAAAGCGGCGUCAACUACAGCAAGAACAGGCUUUAGCUGCUUCCGCCAAAAAAGGGACUGUAAAACUCCUUGUUAAAGAUGGUAAAAGAUUGUAUAACCCUGAAGAAAUGAGCCGGCCGUUUUUCUACCCUUCAGUACCAAUUCCCGGCUUAAGCUUUUUCUACUACCUCCCCGAGGAAUCAAUGAUUUAUUGAUUUAAACAUAAAAAUAAAGUUCAAAAGGAUUGAACCUAACAUCUAGAUAUACUUCUAACUGUCUGUCAUUACUUACACUCACACAUACACGUACACAUACAUUCGUACGUACACACACGUGCAUUCUCUGAUAUAUAUUAAUUUAAAAUUCACAUACUCUUGAAGCCACUUUGGCCAUCUUCAUCUGAUGACUUCUACUCCGAUCUUCUUGCUGGACAAAGAACAUUAAACAUUCAUUUUACUAUAUAUUACUUUUGAGUAAUCUCUUCGAUAUUCAUAUAACAAUCACCACCAUCACU